AUGGCAGAAGACGACUACGCGACGCCCGCGGCGGCUGGCACUCAACGCCUGCCCCGCGUCAGCAUUGAGUUUUGUACGCAGUGUAAAUGGCUGCUCCGCGCCGCCUAUUAUGCGCAGGAACUGCUGUCGACCUUUUCCACAGAUCUCGGCGAAGUCGCCCUGCAGCCGUCUACGGGAGGCAGAUUCAUCGUCACCAUUCACCACGGCGCCGCUGGGGCAAGCGGGCAGGAGGAGUCUGGUCAACAGGUGCUGUGGGAUCGCAAAGUGGAUGGCGGGUUUCCAGAGACAAAGGAGCUCAAGAGAAGGGUGAGGGAUGUGAUUGAGCCGGGCAGGGACCUGGGUCAUGUGGAUAAAGAUUACGCAAAGGGAGCAGCAGCAGCAGCAUCGACGGUGGCAGAGAAGAAAGAAGAGGAGGAGGGGGAGGAAGAGAAAAAGACGGACGCUGCUGGGAAAGAGUGCGAAGACUGCAAGUAA